UCACUUUUGAAUUGCACUACAAUGCCACAUGGAAGGAAUCUAUGGCUAAUUCUAUUUCUUUUUACCUUUGGAGGAGCAUUUCAGAAAGAUGUAGCAGCUGUGAUCCGGACCAAGCAGACUGUUUUAGCAGCAGCAGGUGAAGAUGCUCCUCUCAGCUGUCAGCUCCUGGAAACUAAAGAGGUCCAUCAGGUCACCUGGCAGAAGGUCUUUGGAAACACAAAGAUAAAUAUCUGCUCCUACAGCGAGUAUUUUGGCCAAACAGUAAAUCCUGGCUUUGAAAAAAAAGUUCAGUUUACAGAAGCUGGACUGAAGAAUUCCUCCAUAGUUAUCAGGAAGGUUACAGAGCAGGAUGAAGGAUGUUAUCUAUGCUUGUUCAACACCUUUCCUGAUGGAGCUCUGACCGGGACAACCUGCCUGAAGGUUUAUGAGCUGCAUGAACCCAUCCUUGUUGUGAGGAGAUCAAAUGUUUCUUCAGAGUCAGUUGUGUCCUGUUCAGCCACAGGUCGACCUGCUCCCACUGUAACACUGACUGUUCUACAGCAGAACCUCAGCUUCUCCCACUACAACAGCAGCAGUGUGACCCACAGCAACGGUACAGUCACCGUCACCACCACAGCUCUGCUGUCAGCUUUCAGCAGCACACAGGUUGGAUGUUCAGUGUCAGUGCUCUCUGCUGCUCCCAGAGAGAAGCUGAUCACCGUUCCUGGAUUUACAGAAACAUCUGAUGAUGGUUUGGUUGAAGACUCUGGACCUGAUCACAGUGUUAUUGGAUGGAUUGUUGGAGUGUUGGCCUUUGGAGUUUUAGUGGCUUUACUUGCCAUUUUCUGGUUUAGACGAAAGAAUCAGAGCAGGUACUACUAUCAGAGAACUUAG